AUUAGAACUUGCCGCUGCCUUUGGCCCCCCCACUCUUCUACGACGCUGUUUGUGUGAGGACCAAUUUGAAAUUGAAAUCGUGGGUCUUUUAAAAAUCUACCCGGGUACGAUUUACUCUAAACGUGUCCGGAUUAUUGUGUGGUUCUCAAGAAAAUAACGCAGAAAUGUUCCUAAGUAUUUAUAAGCAGUUACCAUGGCCAACUCUGUUACUUCUAGUGCUGUCCCUUUACGUCAUCUACAAAUAUUUGACCCGCAACCACGAUUACUGGGCCAAGCGGAAUGUACCUUACGUGCCUCCGGUUUUUUUGGCGGGAGGUUUGUGGGAGGUUUUUAAGGGGAAGGCGCAGAUUGGGAAGCAUUUGGGGAACUUGUACUUAAAAUUUCCCAACGAGCCUUACUUUGGGAUAUACAUAAUGGGAAAGCCUUACUUGGUGCUGAGAAGCCCGGAAAUCAUCAAAAGUGUUACCAUAAGGGACUUUGGUAACUUUGAGGACAGGACCUUCGCGUGCGAUAAAAAAGCUGACGCCAUGGCGGGAAAUAGUUUGUUCAUCAUCAGGAAUCCAGAUUGGAGGAAUAUACGGAACAAAGUUUCGCCGAUUUUUACCACGGGCAAACUCAAGCUCAUGUUUCCAAUCAUGAAGAAACACUGCAACGAUAUGGUGGACUACGUUGAAAGCCAGACGGAUGUAGAGGUUGACAUAAAGGAGGUGUCUGCUAAGUAUAUGACCGAUUUGGUGGCAUCGUGUUUUUUUGGCAUCGAUAUUUUCUCCUUUGGUAAGGAAGAUUCCGAAUUUAGACAGCACAGCAAGAAUAUGUUUGAUUUGGGGAUAUCAAAAUCAUUUAACAUGUUUUGUUAUUUCUUUGUACCCAAAUUGGUAUCAAUUUUUAAGCUGCACUUGCUCGAUACUGACUUUUUGCAAAAUGUCUUCAUGUCUACUUUGGAGUACAGGGAAAAACAUAAAAACACCAGAAAUGACUUUGUGGAUUUGCUCAUCAGUAUUAGAGACAACCUUAAGGAAACACCUCAGGAUAGUGUUAUAGAUACAAACAGAAUGGUGUCCCUUGCCAUAACUUUUUUCAUAGCGGGUUUUGAAACGACCAGUAACGCAGUGGCCUUUGCUCUUUAUGAGCUUUGCAUCGACCAAGAAUCCCAAGAGAAACUUAGGAACGAAAUCAAUAAACACAUUAAAACUGAAGAAGACAUUACAUUCGAGUCAGUGCAGUCUCUGAGAUAUUUAGAAAUGGUACUGUGUGAAACUUUGAGAAGAUACCCCUUUGGUCCAUUCCUAAACAGAAAUUGCAAACAGGACUACCUUAUUAAAGAAACAGGUUUCAAAAUUGACAAAGGUACACCGGUACUGAUACCUAUAGACGGUUUGCAUAACGAUCCGCAGUAUUUCCCGGAACCGGAAAAGUUUGACCCGGAAAGGUUUGCCGAUGGUUCCAAACACAUGGUGCAAGCUUGCACGUAUUUGCCCUUUGGGAGUGGACCUAGAAACUGCAUAGGAGACAGAUUUGGGUCGAUAUGUGCAAAAGUGGGUCUGGUCUACUUCCUAAGAAAAUACAAAGUCGAAAAAUGCCCAUCCACUCCAGUUCCUGUCAUUUUAGAGACGAAAUCACCGUUUAUGACGCCAAUAAACGGUCUCCCAAUGAUAAUAAAAAAAGUGUAAAAUAAUUGAAUUACUAAUUUUAGUUCCUAACAUUAAGUGAUGUGUAAAAGUGAGAGAGUUAUUUAAUUAGUAUAUUAUGUAUGUUUUUGUAGUUCUUUAAUAAAUAAUUUU